UUUCAUUCAUUUCGUUCUUUCCAAACUGUAAACAACUUUUUUACUAACCCGCUUCUUUUUAGGCCUAUCCAAAAAAAAUUUUCUACUCUCUCAGAAAAGUUAGAUACCUUGAAAAUAUUUUAGACGCUCUAGAUACAUAGAUAAGUUAAUCUAGUAGAAUUAGCUACAAGCAAUUGUAAUAGGGACGUGUUAUAUCUUCUCAAAUUCUAAAUUUCCAAGUGAACUUUUAGUAGUUUUUCCAAUUUCCAACAAAAUGUUCCGUUUAGUGAGAGGAAGUGUCUUGACUGAGACCCAGCAAUGGGUUCGUAUGCUGACCUACGAUACAAAGUCCGUGAUAACAUCAUGCCAACCAUGCCAGAAGGUUUUCCAGCAGGCAGGAUUCAUGUCCUUAAGGAAGAUUCCGACUCUGGAGCUCUGUGAUCGUUUUCCCAAGGAGUUGCCACAGAUGCCAAAGCCCUGCAAUUUUCACAACCUUCUGAACCAGCGGGGUUCCGUAGAUUCCUUGCGGUUGCAGUGCGUCCGAGAUCGGAACAAACAAGUAUUAAUCGAGAAACGUCAGCAAAAUGCCAAGCUGUUUGUCAGCCGAGAAACUUUAAACAAUUCUCGCUGGAACCUCAAGAAUAAGUUGGAUGUCACAAUGAGAAAAUAGUUGGGCAACACGCU